AUUCUUAUUAAUCCAAAACUACUAAUUAUUCUCAGCAGUAAAACCAUGGAGAUCAUAUCAACCAAGUGUUAAAUCUAGCAAAAAAUUCUGAAAUUCUUUUAUUUGUAGGUUCAUAUAUCACACUGAAUUGACUCUAAAUUUAUUGAAAUUGUGUAUGUACAUACUAUAGAAAAUCAAAGAUCCAACUUUCUCGAGGUUAUGAUGAUAUUCACUGUUGGGCCUUCAUUUUCCAAUCGAACAUCCUGGAAUAAGAAAGAUGAUAUUGUCGAACAUUUUAAAUACAACUAUACCUGUAGAAACAUUAAAUUGUAAUUCAAAAUUAGUAAACUUGUCAAGUGGCUUUGCACGUCUAGCGCAUGUUUUGUGAGCCAUUCGAUGCUCUGGUGUCCUAGAUGUAGGGUAACGACUCAAUUCCAUCCCGAACUUGGUAGUUAAAAUCUACUACGGUACAAUGCUCUAGGGGAGGUCCUGCUCUCCACGGGCACAUUUUUUAUGUUGCUAUUUCGAGAACUAUAAUUUCUACUUACUCAUAGAAUCAAGCCCCUACAAAAGGAGAGGAAGUCCACUGAACAUUUCAGCCAUGGACAGAAAUUUCUUCCACAUCCAAUCCUUUUCCUGUCACCCCAAAUAAUCUUAUCGGGUAUGACUACGAUCUUUCUACAUGAUUUUGCAGUUUUCACAUUUCUUUCUUUCUUUGAAAAUAGAGAUGUUUGAGCUAACGUCUUUCAAGGAGCAAUAAACUAACUGUACUUGGUAGAACAACAUUUGCUAAUCCCAAUAUCAAUGGCCAUUUUGAAUCUUUUUGUAAUGAUUACCGAUAAAGACUAAUCUGUACUAUGUAUAUUGACAGGAAGUGUGUUUGAAGCAGAUAUUACCUUAGGCACGUUGUUUUAUUUAUUUAUUUUCAUAAUUUGACUUUUUACUCGACAACUAUAAAUAAAUGAAAUGAUGAAAGCAUUCCUGACCAAUUAUUACUCAAUUUCUUCUUCUUCUUUUAUUUCUCAAGAAAAAACAAUUUUGAUACUAAUUUUGUAUCCUUAUAAUCCAAAUUCUGUGGAACAUUGGUAACAUUAUUGAAUCGUUGGAUGCAAUAAUUAUAAACGCGUGAUUUCCAUUCCUGUGUAACCUUAAUCAAAAUCCAUUUGGAAAAAUCCUCAAUUCCAUGAAGACUGUGAAGUUUAUUUUCAUUAUUGAAACUCUAGCUUCAGGUUUAGGAGUUUUUGUGGACAUGGUGAUGAUUGAAUUAUUUGCGUAGUUGGUUUAAAAUUUGUGUGAACGUAGCAUUUUCCAAGCUUCUGCCGUUUCCGUUCACUUGUGUGAAUGAAAAUGGAAGUAUUUAACAUUUUAAUACAUUGGCAGAUAAACUGCAAUUCUUUUGAUGUGUUGGGCAGCUUGUGUUAAGAUUCAUGGCAUGAUUAUGUGGGGGUGCGGAGAUCUAUACGAACAAAGCAGCUAGCGUAGCAGUGGUUGCCAUUCAUUUUAAGGGGGGCCCGAAUUUCCCCUUUGUUGCUAUCUCGCCGGCUUUGGAAGAAGUUGACAAGAACAUGAUGACAAUGAGAACUAUGCUUUCAGGAGAUGGUGAAGUUGAACCAAACAUGGAUCAAGUUUCACAACUCACACUUGAAAUCUGUAAUGAAGAUGUUAUAUCUCUGUUUAUUCACAAGUUAUCUAUUUUGGGAUGGAAACCUCCAAGUUCCCAUAUAAGGAAGCACUAUAUUGCCGAAGUUCUCCAGUUGAAAGUCAUGAUGAGAUUGCUGAAGGAUUCAAGCAAAAACAUUCAGAUAUCUGCCUUCCAUAUUUUCAAGGUUUUUGUGGCUAAUCCUAGCAAACCUCGAAAGAUAAAAUCAUAUUGGCAAGGAACCAUGAAAAGCUGUUGGCGCUGCUCCACGAUCUCUUUCCUGGCAAAUGUGGUGAAGAUGAUCAAUUUGAAGAGGAAAAGGAAAUGCUAAUCAAGGAAAUAGAAAGAGUAUCUCGACUACCAAAUCUCAAUUCCUAAGUUCGUUAGGUUGGUGGAUAAUGAGCAACUGAAAUUGACUAUUCUUUUCUGGUUUUGGAUUUGGUUCGAGGGAUAUGAAAGUAUUAAUUUACACUUCAUUUAUAUUGCAAAAUCACAAAAAGCAUAAUAGACCAACAUUUCACAAGCAAUAGAUGAUUCUAGCCUUGGCACUUGUACAAAUUGACAAAAUGCCAUGAACGCAACCCAACUAAUUUGUUGUGCUCAAAUCAUCCAUAUUUGUUUGGUAUCAUUUUCAUUUAUUUUGCAGUGAACAGAUGAAACAAACAUCAUAUAUCGGAAAAUUAAAUUCACACGCUGACAGAAACGAUUACAUGCAUAUUACUGUUUCAAGUUUAUAGGAACAUUUGUAAAUCUAUAGAUAGCAACAUACGCACAGGCGCGGACACAUGUACAAUUUGCAUUUAGGUAACUUUUGUACUUACUAAAUAAGACCAUCUAGGACAAACCAGAGGUCAGGCGGUAACACAGUAACACGUCAUCUCAGUUGUUUCCCUGUCUCAUCAUCCGCAGAAUGGUAAGAAAUAGGUUGAGAACAUCCAGAUAAAGAGUGACAGAUGCCCAGAUGUACUCGUCAUAUGUGAAGCGCGUGAUCAGAUUGUCAGUGUCGUAAAUUAUGUAACCAGAGAAAAUUAUAGCACCAAUUGCACUAUAGAUAGCAGUAGAGGUAGAUCCAAGAGGGAAGAA